CCUGUGAGAUGCGUUUCAUAAGUAAUAAGUUAGGAGGAGAUAUUUUACGUUACUAAUGACAGAGAACAUUGAGAGUGAUUGGACACUAUAUGGUUGUUAACUUCACCAAGUCGGACUGUUAAUCUCUUCAAGAAAACACAAUUAAACUUGAUCCCAAACGUACGGAGAGUUGCGUUACGCGAGCUUCGCUGAUGCGUGGCCGAAGUUCUUUCCGUGCGUCUUGCUGCUCUUCAUGACUGGCUUGUUAACGGUGGCAAAAAUGAAAAUAACUUUUGGCUCCGUGGUCGUCAGCGCUGGUUUGUCGGGCAUUUUGAGCUUCUGUUCCUUGGCCAUCGCCAUAGGCAGCGAGUACUGGUACAUCAUUGAGGACAACAGACCGAACUAUGGAGAGGGCUCUCAUUCUGGACUAUUUCGGACCCACGAAGGGGAUAAGGUCUACACAUUCACUGCAGACACAAAGUCCUAUUCGGACUUGGAGAAGCACAUGCACAACAUGCACACUGCGAUCAUCGUGCUGCUCCCUCUCAGCCUGGUGAUGCUGGUGUUCGGGGGCAUCUGUGCGCUGGUCAGCUCGCUGGCUCGGAGCUCCUCUCUCCUCCUCGGAACCGCCUCCUAUGUGCUGCUCAGCAGUGUGUUGACAUUGUCCGGCGUGUGCCUGUACAUCAGCUACUCCCACCAGGCGCUGGAGGAGACGGAACGACGCCUCGGGCCAGAACAACUGGCCAACGUGCACACGUCCUUCGGCUGGUCUCUGGGCAUGGCCUGGCUCUCCUUCAUCCUGGAGGUGCUGGAAGGACUGCUCCUCUUCCUCGCGUCACGCAUGGUCGUCCCGCCUUAGAGGGGCACGUUCUCUUUUGCCUUCACCGGUAAACACAAUUUAUUCAGCUCUCUGACGAAUUCACCACUACCAGCACUCAACAGCAGCAUCACUCACAACAAAACAACUUCAAUUAUGCCCUUGGCCAUGGAUCAGGUUCAAGCACCUCUACAAUAUUGCUGUGUUUUUUUUUGUUCUUCUGAGAACUCAGUGUGAGUCAUGGAUCUAAGACAAGGCAGAGAGGAAGAGAAGAGGACAGAGAUAGAAACUGACCAACCAACAAUGAACAGAAACAGCAGCGGUUGGCAGUUGCUGGGAAACUCUGGACUAAUCAGUCUUUAUCACAUUUCUUUUCACUGGCAGAUUGAUGGGUGGGUUGAGGUUUUCAAAUUAGUCAGUCAGCUACAAAUUGUUCUGGAGUCAUUGACUUGUAACAGAUGGCAUUCUUCUCAUCACCACCUUGAUGGGAUAUUUUUUUGUGCAAUAUUGUGCAUCAAGUAUUGUGCUUUUGGUCUAUGCCAUGUCAGUGAGGCUACUGUGGUGUAAAAGCUUUUUCUGUGAUUCUUCCUCAGUGACGACCAUGACAAAAAGUUAAAUGUUUCUUCUUUUUUUUUAAAUGGUCUUUUUCGACUUGAUCUGAUAGGACAGUGUGAGAGGUGGACAGGAAGCGAAUUGGGAGAGAGACAGGGAGGGGUUGGCAAAGGAACCGGGACGGGAAUCAAACCCGGGUCAGCCGCAUGGUAGGUGAGUGCCCUACUGGUUGGCCACAGCAGGGCGAAAUGUUUCUUUUUUUCACAUUUUCUUUUAACCAAUUUUUUGUCACUGUCUCCUUAGGCACAAUUGCGAGAAUGUUAUUUUCGGUCCCUUAGAAAUCUGAUUAGCAUCAUUGGGGGGAUAAAGGUGCUGCUGUGUCAUGGAGGAUGUGAGAGGCCUUUUGUCCCAGUGUCUGGCCCUUGACCUGCAAAUUUACUUAGAAUGGCUUUCACGUCUGGGCGUCAGUAGUACCUUCUCGGAGAGAGAGAGAUAUAAUGGACAAUUCAUGAAAGUAAAUGUGCACAUUACGUUUCCCUCCUCUCUCAA